AUGCUGGCUGUGCGAGCACAUGCAAACUCACUGGAGCUGCAGCUAGAUACAAUUCCGGUCCCUGCUCCUGGCCCCCAUGAUGUUCUGAUCAAGGUCGCCUCCGCAGGCAUCGCGCCGGGCAUCUUCAACCCGUUCUUGCGCAAAUUCAUGUCUCUCCCAACUACACUUGGUCACGAAGUUUCUGGUACGGUUGUCUCAGUCGGGGGCGACGUUCUCACCGCCGCCGUUGGCGAUCGCGUGAGGGUACAUGCAAACCUGUCCUGUUUGAACUGCAAAUACUGCCUCUCGGACCGCGAGCAGAUGUGUGCCCAAGCUGCAAUUCUUGGAUUUAGAGGUUUUGGAGACAAGGUGCCGCUCUACGAAACGUAUCAUGACGGCGGGCUGGCAGAGUACGUCAAGGUUCCGCACUGGCUCGUUGACAAGCUGCCAGAUAAUGUUAGCUUUGAUGUCGGAGCAAAAGUGCAUGAUGUAGCCAACGCGAUGCGCACCUUGAAGUGUGCUAACCUAGAACCCGGCUCGACCAUCAUCAUCACCGCGCCAACCGGCGGCAUGGGCACGGCAACUCUGAAGCUGGCCCAAUUCUUCCCGAUCAGUCGUAUUAUUCUUGUGGGACGUUCUUCAGAGCGGAUGAGUGCUGUUGCAAAUCUGACCCAUGUCCCAACCGAAAUCGUGGCCUUGGAAGAGCUUGGAGACGACUGGCCAAGGACAAAGGCAUUGGUGAAAGUGUUGCGUCAUCUGUCACCAGAAGGGGUGGAUGCCAUACUUGAUUACAUGCCCUCCGGUGCCGAUAUCUGGCAAGCCAUGUGGGCGCUGGCUCACGGUGGCACGAUCGUCCACAUGGGUGGAAACCCCAGCCUGUUCCCAAUUCCCGUUGUUGUCAUCAUGACCAACUGCUGGAGGAUUGUUGGGACGCGCGGCUGUACGCGAAGCGACACAAACAAGAUUUUAGAGUGGCUUGGAGAUGGCCGGCUGCAGCUGGACGAGUUAAUAACGCACAAGUUUGAAUUAAAGGAUACCCUUGUAGCAGUUUCUAAGUUACAGGCACGCUCGUUACCAAUAUGGAUGGGCGUUAUUCAUCCUUAG